AUGUCGUCGAGGGUCCGCGACGAGAGCGAGGCGGUGGCUGUGGGUGUGGCGGACGCGGAGGGCGGUGAAGACGACGGCCGCUCGUACGUCUUUCUCCGCACGCUGCCCGCGGCGAAUAUCCAGGCGAUUCAAAGCGAGAUCAUGCAGCGCCUGGAGGCCAUCAUGGUUGGACAGAAGGGCGCAGAAGUCGGACCUGACGAAGCGACGAUUCAGGAGGACAUGAACAUUCUGAACGAAUACGUCUGGCAUCUGCUCACCCAAGAAGCUGCCAGCCAGGGCCGGCUCAGAAAGGAACUCGCUGAGUUCCUGCAAACAAAUACGGAGGACUUUGUUGGCUGGCUGGACACGCUGUUGUCGGGAUACGAGGGGGAGCCGCGGCGGUCUGAGGAGGACGAAGAAGGCGCCCUGGAGCAGGGGGCCGCGACGCCUCCCUCCGCGAAGCUGCAUAGUUACGACCGGAAGGGCCGUUCGCGCGGCGACGACGGCGUCUCCUCUCUGUCACGCGAAGCCGACGACCGCCACUACCACCGGCACCGGAGUUCGCGGCACGGCGGAGACUCCUCUUCGGAUCGAUACAGAGACCGCCGCUCGUCGCACUACUACGAUGACGAGCGGGUCCGCGAAGAGCGAGAGAGGCGUCACCGCCGGCACAGAUACGAGGAGGAGAGGCGCGACGAGCGGCGACACCGCAGUCGGCGGAGACGCGAUGAGGGCGACAGGAGCGGCGACCCCGAGCCCCGCCGCAGCAGGAGCCCGCACGCCUCCAGAAGAGACCGAGACGCGUACCACGCGAGUUCGGCGCGACACUACGAAGACCCGCGUGGGGCGGCCCGCGCGGGUCUUCGUGGGGGCGAGUGCGACGGCAAAAGCCGCGCAGGGCGGCUGAUUGGUCUCGCCGUCAAGCAGGCGACGGAUUCGGCCCGCGGGUCCGAGGGCCUUGGACUCCAUCCGGGGGCGGCCGCGGUCGAACGGACCUCCGGUGGGCUCCAGAGCUGCAGGAGCCGCAGCCGCAGCCCUGGACACGUCCGCGCCGUCGUCCUCGUCGAAGACCGCAGCGGGGCCCGGAGGGGACACGAAGAAGGCAACGAGGCGUUCCGCGGCGAAGGCCAACGAGAAGAGACACAGCAGCCCGGCGACCUUGACGCGAGCGCCAACGGCGGGGGGCUCGAGGCCGGGGUAGCAGGGGCGAGCAAGACGAAGGCGAUUCUGAGACCGAAUCCGCGAUUCGCCACGGCGAUGGCGCCGCCUCAGGCGCCGUUCGUGUCCGAUCCCGCGACCGGGCCUUCCGGCUACGCCCCCGCGCUGUCUGCGGCGCCUGGCGGGCCUGCCUUCGGCUUCCACCCCGACGGCGGCCGCGGGCUGCACGCGUCUCCAGGCGCGGCACCGCUGUUAGCGCCGCAGGGAGCAGGGAGCGCACCCUUCGCCGCUUCCUUCUCGCCGUUUGCAGCCGCGAGCAGGGAGGGACACCCCGCGGACGUGGAGAUGGGGGGCCGCGACGGCCCGCUCGGCUCGGUCUUCGCCAAUGGCGAAGGCCCGCAGGCCGACGUGGUCGUGCGCGGCGGCGGCGCCUCAGGGCUGCUCGCCACGGGGGGCAGCUUGCCCAGGGGACAGAGUCUGCCAGGAGCGGACGCGGGAGGCGUUCCGAGCUCCGCGCAAGGAAAAGUGCGGAAGAGAUGCAUCAAAUGGCCGCGCUGCCCCUUCGGCGCGAACUGCAUGUACAUCCACCCGACGGCGAAGUGCACCAAGUGGCCGCGCUGCGCCUUCGGCGACGCCUGCUUCUACUGGCACCCCGCAGUCAUGUGCAAAUACGGCUCCAACUGCGCGAACCCGUACUGCAACUACACACACGAGCCCGUGGAUCCCGCCCUCGCUGCAGCGGCGGCGAGCGCGGUCGGGGCGACGAUGCCAGCGGGCAGCCCGCAGACCGGCGAAGCACUUCCUGGCGCUCCUCAAGAGAACUCGCGAGCGUUCCUCGGCACCUUGGGCGAAGACGGAUUCUACCGGAACAAAACUUGGACUCCAGGAAGCCAGGCCGAUGCGGCGUGCGCGGCGGGCGGCGAAGGCGCGCGCGACACGCUGCAGGCCUCUGUGGAGGCGCUCAGCCACACUCUCCCCGGCACGCCGCCGGAGCUGCGGCGCGCGCGCGAGGCCUCUGAAGGGGGCCUUCAGGGCGAAGAGCUGCGUCUGCCGCCGGCGGAGGGCGCGGCGGAGAGCGGGCGCGCCGACGAAGAAGGUGUCAUGGAGGGCUGA